AUGUCUUCGAACCAGACUACACACCAUGCCCGUCACUAUUGCACUGAGAUCACCCCCGACUGCCCCCUUGAACUCACCACAUACGGCUACUAUCCGAACCUGAGCGUAAACUCAUUCUUCAUUGCUCUCUUCGGCCUCUGCAUGCUAUUACAGUUGGCUCUCGGCACAUGGAAGCGGACAUGGACAUACCUGAUUGCUGUCGCCAUCGGCUCUUUCGGCGAGGCGGUGGGCUAUGUUGGGCGGGUGAUCAUGCACCACAACCCUUGGAGCGGUGCGGGCUUCAAGACACAAAUCUGCUGCCUGGUCCUUGCACCAAGUUUCCUCGCCGCGGGGAUAUAUGUCACCUUGAAGCACUUGGUCAUCUAUUGUGGAGCAGAGAACUCGAGAUUGAAGCCUAGGCUCUAUCCCUGGAUCUUCAUCGGCUGCGAUUUCGGCUCGAUUGUGCUCCAGGCCAUUGGGGGUGGUGUCGCAGCGAGUGCAGGCGACCAUGAUGUGAAUCCCAAAUUGUUGGAUGUGGGUGAUGGGUUGAUUGUGGCCGGAAUUGCGUUCCAGGUAGCAACCAUGGGUGUUUGCGGGCUCCUCAUGAUUGACUACUAUAUGCGAUUCCAACGCGCGAAGAAGGCCAAGUCGCCAGCGACGAUGGAGAGCGAGUAUGAAAAACAUCUGUCCGCGGCCAACGUAUCACGCAAUUUCCGGAUUUUCUGCUUUGCCAUUGGGCUGGCCUUUACGACCAUCUUCAUCCGCUGCAUCUACCGUCUGCCCGAGAUGGCAGGAGGCUGGGGAGGUCGCAUGAUGCGCAUUGAAACCGAGUUCCUCAUCCUUGAUGGAAUGAUGGUGGCCAUCGCAUGUGUUCUCCUGACUGUUUGCCAUCCGGGGUUCCUGUUCGAGCCGAUGAGGAAAUUCAAGAGACCGGAUCCUUCUAUUGCAGGCCCCUUAGAGCAGCCCGAGACAGCGGGGGGCAAAUCCUGA